GACUCGCAACUGCUUGCCCCGAGAAACCCUGGUCUACAAAGACCAGCGUCAUCCUACACGUUAGGCUCUGAACCGCGCGGUCGUACGCUGUCACCAUUGAGCGCAGCCGCCUCCGAUCACAGUGGCUCGCCGCGGGGAUAUGGAAGAGACUUGUCAUCAUCUCGCCGCUCACCGAGCAGCAGGCCAAUGAGCUACAUCGACCUGCUCAACAACGUGCCGUACAACCAGCAGAUAGCACCUGGAGGGCUCAUGAACAAUGCGAACCUGCAAAGUGCCGUGGGGAACGCUGCCAGCCUGCUAGACACCAAGAAGACAUUGGAUAUGUACCGUGCAAACGUUAAGAAGACGAACGAUGCCUCAGUACAGUAUGAGUUCGCAGUCUUCAUGGUGAAUGCCGCCAAGGAUUGCACGCCUGGCGACGGGCUGGAGCCCACCGAACUCAUCCGUGAAGCGAAACACAUACUCUCCAGGCUUGCGGAUCGCGCGUAUCCCUUCGCUCAAUACUAUCUCGGUGACGGCUACUUUUCUGGACUCUUCAACAAAGACAAGCCAGACUUCGACAAGGCCUUCCAUCUAUUUGUUGCAGCUUCCAAGCACGGACAUGCAGAAGCAGGCUACCGGGCAGCCCUAUGCUACGAGUUCGGCUGGGGCACGACGAAGUCAUAUCCGAAAGCAGUUCACUUCUACAGCAAUGCCGCGUCGAAGAACCAUCCUGGCGCUGCGACACGGCUCGGUAUGGCGGGCCUAAGGGGCGACAUGGGGCUACCGAACACGCCUCAACAACGGCGUGAAGGGCUCCGGUGGCUGAAGCGGGCGCAAGAAUGUGCGGACUUGCAGUACAACUCUGCCCCCUUCGAGCUCGGUGUGCUGCAUCUGACAGGGUUCGGAGACGACGUGUUCAAGGACGAGGCCUACGCUGCGCAGCUCCUUACACAGUCAGCUGAGCUCGGCCACGUACAGUCGAAUUUCCUGAUGGGUCAAGCCUAUGAGAAUGGACUAUAUGGUUGUCCGCGUGAUGCGGCGCUGAGUGUGCAUUUUUACAACGGCGCUGCGAGCAAGGGGCAUGCGGAGGCGAUGAUGGCGCUGUGCGCGUGGUAUAUGGUCGGCGCGGAGCCGGUACUAGAGAAGGACGAGGCGGAGGCGUAUGCUUGGGCGAAGCAGGCUGCGGACACAGCCGAAUAUGCCGUGGGCUACUUCACCGAAAUGGGCAUCGGCUGCCGUCGUGAUCCUUUGGAAGCGAACGUGUGGUACGUGAGCGCGGCGGAUAAGGGCAAUGAGACUGCUAAGCAACGGCUUGCCAUCAUCCGGGCAGCUGCUGCUGGG